AUGUUGGUUGUUAGCUGGAUUUCAUUAUAUAAUAAUCUGACUUCUGAAGACUAUUCUGAUUACUACAACUUAACUGAGGACGACUUCUCACCCCACAACACCAACAACAUAAAGGCCUUCAGCAGAGUCUUCCUCCCUACAAUCUACAGCAUCGUCUUCAUCGUGGGGUUAAUUGGCAACGGCCUGGUGUUGUGUGUCCUGGUCAAGUACCAGAAAAGGUCCAACAUAUCAGAUGUGUGCCUCUUCAACCUGGCCCUUUCAGACCUCCUUUUCCUUCUCUCAUUGCCUUUCUGGGCUCAUUACGCCGCCAUCACUCAGUGGGUCUUUGGGAGAUUCAUGUGCCAUGCAGUGACAGCACUGUACAUGCUGGGAUACUAUGGAAGUAUCUUCUUCAUGAUGCUCAUGACCAUAGACCGCUAUGCUGUCAUUGUCCACACCCAUACCUCUCUCCUCUCCAAGAACUGGUCUGUCAGAGCAAUCAUAGCCCUGAUUUUGUUUACGUGGACACUCAGCCUGGUAGCUUCUCUGCCAACCAUCAUUUUCUCAAAAGCAACGAAGUUAAACAUCACAAAUCAAUGCAUGUGUAUUGUGGAAUAUCCAAACCUGAAAUGGAGGCUGUUCUUUUACAUCGAGCUGAACAUCCUCAGCUUAAUCAUUCCUCUCUCAGUGAUGGUGUUCUGCUACUCACGUAUCAUCACCAUUUUAAUGUCCAUGAAGUCUCAGAAGAAACACAAAGCUGUCAGACUCAUGCUGGUCUUGGUCAGUGUUUUCUUCAUUUUCUGGACGCCUUACAACAUUGUCAUCUUCCUGAAGUUCCUGUAUCAACUGGUUUAUAUAAACACCGGUCAGUGGUAUCAGGACCUGAACAUGGCUAUACAGUGGGUGGAAAGCAUAGCAUUCACUCACUGCUGCCUCAACCCCAUCAUCUAUGCCUUUGUGGGGCAGAGAUUCAGGAAUUUAUUUCUAAAGAUCCUGAAGGAGUGGUUUCCUCUCUGCUUUGGUCAGUGCCCAAUAAUUGAAAGUGAGUGCUCACAGAGGAUGACCACUAUGUACUCAUGCUCCUCAGUGACAGAUCAAAGUCAAAACAUUUAA